UCAACUGAAAAAAUUGUUUGUACGGUAAACAACCCCUUCAAGGAAACAGUCACCAAUAUCUAAUCACAAUGGUUCCUAAAACUAUUCAGGUAGGUGUUGUCUGAAACUCUCACAGGUGUGAAAGUGAGAUCUGGUCACAAUGGCACCAUAACGACUGCAUCACAAGUUCACACAUUUUUCAGUUUCAGAUUACACCUACCUGAAUAGAUUAAUGGAACUACCAUUGACCAUUGAUGGUAUUUAUUUUUUGUGUAAUUUAAGUAUGAAAUAAUCCCCCCCCCCCACAUACCAGACAAGCAGGUGGAAGAUUAGCAUCUACUUUGUCUCUUGGCCCUGAUCCCCAGCACCACCCCUUGCCCCUCCCCCAUACAAACUCCAAUAGACACAUUGGUCAGUCAGAGGAUUUACAUUUUUUUUCUUAAAAUUUUUUAGGCAAACAGGUUUGGGGAGGCUUAUUAAGGCCUCCCCAAGCCUUAAUAAAAAUCCGCCUAUGGGUGGUUGUCAGUGGUACAUUCUCUACUUGGAGUAGGGUUCUUAGUGGGGUGCUGCAAUGUUCUGUAUUUGGUUCAUUUUAAUAUAAUUUGUUCAACUUGGAGGUGGGCAUUGCAAGUAAUGUAUUUGUGCAUGGCGGGGACGCAAAACUACACAAGCCUACCAAGAUGUGUGACAAAGGAUGUUUCAGGGAGGACAUAUAAGGAAAAACCAAAAGCUAUGGGAAUGACAGAAGUUAAAUGUGGCAGAAACCACAGGAAUGAGAGCAGUUUGGGUGAGACAGCAUGACAAUCUGUGGGUGCAGAGGUACAACACAGGUCAGGGUGCAGAUUGCACAGGGAUUUUAGCUGAAUAUGUCUAAAAUGGACACUGUACUGUAGAUCUAAAUCAAUACUGAGUACUUCUGGGAAAGCAUAAUCCAAACGUUAUCAUGCACACAGGGUUCUCCUCCCCUCCCCUGAUAUAAACACAAGCCUCUCUGGCAGCUGCAUUCUGACAUGUUACUUUGUUUCAUUUUCAUCUGAGACUGAGCCACAGCACAGUAACUUGAUGGUGUGCGCAGGAAAAUUUCAGAAAAUGGUCAGGCGAAUGCUUUUUUUUUUUUGAUUGUAUAGAAUAAAGAAGGAGUUUUAACAAGUGCUGAAAAGCUUGCUUUCUAUAAGUUUGUGUAAACCACCUAAAGCUACAGGUUCAGGGCAAAGCUCUCAGGACACUUGUGAAGUUUGAAUAUGAUGUAAGUAACAGAAGAUUGAGGAAGAUCUAUACACUCCAGUGCACUUCGUCUGGUCUGAGCUGGUGAAGGCAAGUCUGGUGAAAGAGAACCGGUAGAAUGUCAAAGCCUAAACAAAAACUCUUUAGAACCCUUUUGAUUUUAUCAGUACCAUUUAUUAUAAGCUUCAUCGUUCAUUGGAUAGUAUUCAAGCCUCGGAAUUAUUACCUCAAAGGAAAAUACUCCAAGCAACUGUUUAUACUUAGUGACAAUGAGUCACAAAAUGUAAUGGACAUAUUCAAUUCUAUCAACAGCAGAAUCAUCAAUGUUUCUUUGACAAAUAUAAAUAGUACGACCAGUGCUAAGAACAGCAAAGCAAUCCUACUAGAUCACCGGAAAGAGUACUGUGUUGGAGACUCUUUAACCAUCCAACUUGACAUGUUUGAUUACAAUGGUAAAAUGAAGACUUAUGGAGGAGAUUUCUUAAGGGCGAGAGUUUUUUCCACAAAAUUUGGAGCUGGAGCUUCUGGAAUAAUAAAGGAUUUAAAUAAUGGAACAUACCAUGUACACUUUACUCUGUUCUGGGAAGGAAACAUACAAAUAUCCAUACUAUUGAUGCACCCUAGUGAAGGAGUGGCAGUGUUAUGGAGAGCACGGAAUUCAGGUUAUAAAAAUAUUAUCUUCACUGGAAAAUUUCUUGAUAAAACUAAAGAGGUGCACACAGAAUGUGGUUUUGAUUUAGAUCCACAAGAAGAAAAAUGUAGAUAUGGAGAAGAUGGAGAAUACUUUUACUGCAUCAAACCCCUCGGUGUACCAUGUGAGGCUUUUAUCUCAAUGAAGAGUAACAACAGACCUUACUCCUAUCUCACUGACUUGGAGAAAAGUAUUUUUAUUAGAUCAAAUAUCGCUGCAGAAAUUCCGCAAAACCACGGAAGCAUUGAUGUUUUGAAAUGCCAAAGAAACAGUGGAGAAGUAAAGCCAAAAUGCUCAGUUGGAAUGUCUCCACCAUUGCCAGGCGGUUAUUUCUUGAACAAUGUUUGGCACCCUGUGUUCUGCAACCUUUCUACAUAUGAACCACAGUCUCUCGUGAACACAUGUUUGUCCAAGAAAAAAAUUUACCUUAUGGGAGAUUCAACCAUUCGGCAGUGGAUACAAUAUUUAACAAGCAUUAUGAAAGGAUUGAAAUUGUUUAAUCUUGAUGGAAGUGGAUGGCAUAGGACACACAUAGCUCUGAACAUGAACACAAAUACUUAUAUUCAGUGGAAAAAACAUGGACACCCAUUUGUAACUCCGAGCUUUUAUACAGUAAAAGAUUAUAGUUCUGUCCCUCAAGAGAUAGACAGACUUGCAGGGGGGCCAAACACUGUUAUAGUUAUUGCUCUUGGACAACACUUUCGAGCUUUUCCUAUUACCCUGUUCAUCAGAAGGCUUCUUAAUGUGCGCAAAGCCAUCGGACGACUCUUUAUUCGUAGUCCUGAUACAAAGGUCAUAAUAAAAUCUGAAAACACCAGAGAAAUAAACACAGACGUGGAGAGAUUCAGUGACUUUCAUGGCUACAUUCAGUAUCUGUUGGCAAAGGACAUCUUCCAUGGACUGAAUGUAGGAGUUAUUGAUGCAUGGGACAUGACAGUUGCCUUGGGGUCAUUAAAUCUUCAUCCAUCAAAAACAAUUAUUAAUAGCCAAAUAAUCCUGUUUUUGGAGUAUCUAUGUUAGUUUUAUGUAUUAUUAAUGUUAAUGUUACUUCUAAAUAAAAUAUACUCAGCACAUAAUACUGAUGAGUAUAUCCUUGAUCCAGAGUAAAUCAUUACACUAUCAUUUAGACCAUUUAUUUUUAUCCUUAAUAUAUUUUGGUUUUCCAUAACAAUUGCAGAAUAAAAGGUUUAUCAAAAAAAGAAAGAAACAAUUAAUGUUUCCUUUUUUUUAUACUUUUGCCUGCCCUUUACCGCAAGUGGUGAAGAGUAUGUCCCUGUCAUUGGUUCAUGCCUCAGUGGCAGGGUACACUGUAUCAUAGAUGCUUGGACCAGCAGGCAUGGGCAGGAGUGGUACAAAUCCUUCCCUGCCAAUUGGGUCACUUUGUUAAGUGCAAGUUAUAUUGGGAGCAGGGAUGCUCCCCUCAGACUAGAGGUGACUUCUCAUGCGGUGAAGGGGAAGCCCCACACAGACACUGCCUCUGCUUCCUCCUCCUCCUCUUCUGCUACCACACCACCAACAAACCAAGGUAUUAAUGAGACAGUCUCUGACCAGAGAUGAUCUGCUGUUAUGUAUUUUGAUUAUGCUGCACUUUUUUGUAUCAUAUUACAAUGUAAUUCUAAUUUGAUGAUUAUAGCUUGCCCGUCAAAGUAUUUAUAAACUGUAUCGUGUGACUCUCCAAAUUUGUUUCCUGCAUAAAUUCAUAAAUUUUA